GAUCACGUAGGUAAGCAAGCGAACUCACCGCCCGCCGCCGCCGACUUACCGUGAUCGGAUCGCGCCAUGGCCGUCCCGCCCUCGCUCCUCGUCUCGUCGGGCCUCUUGCUCGUCACUGCCUCGUACGGGUCGAAGCCCCUCGCGUUCGUCCUAACGCUCCUCGUCUCCUUCGUCUUCCUAGAGCGCGCCCUGUCGCCAAACCUCAUCGACGGCUUCUUCCGCGAGGUCGACGCCGUCGUGAUCGGAGACCUGCGCACCGUCCGCGACGCCAUCAGGGAUGAUCCCCUGGCCGCACCCAUCUACGCCGCCGCCGUGGACCGUGUGCGCCGCGCCCACGCCUUCGUCACGAACGCGAUCCAGGCCUUGCUGACGAAGGCCAAGGAGAGCCUGAGCGAAGCCAAGGAGGCUGCAGUCGCGGCCUUCCUCUGGCUCCGCCUGGCAGCUGGCGUGGCCAAUCUGGUGGCGACCGCCCUGAUGAACACUGCUCUCGAGGAGGCGAGAAGCCGGGCGCCGUCGGUUCUGAGCUGGAGGGGCGUGAAGGGGCUCAUCAGGACGUCCCCGCCGAACGAGGAGGCGCUGUCCAAGCCGGGCACCACGUUUCUCGUGGUCUGGAUCGCGGCGAUCUUCGCGUACUUCGCGCAAGCGCUCACCAUCGGCGGCAUCUGCAGCGGCAUCGCGUCGUUCGCCGCGUGCUUCCCAUGCUUCGCCGCGCUGUGCGGCUUUGCGCUCAUGGAGGCCGAGAGGGUGUACCUGUGGGGUUCCUACGCCAUCGACACGACGGGCGGCAGCGACACGGCCAAACCAAGACGGACGGCCGGCGACGCAGCGGUAGGAGUCGUCAAUGGCGAGGAGUCUCAGUGUGCUCGGGAGUAUCUGUCGACGCUUUUCAUCCUGACGCUCGGCAUUGAUGCCCUGUUGAUCGCCUACAUGCGGCCGUUCGUUCUCGCGUCAUUAUCCAUCUUCAACGUCGCGGCGGCCAAGCAGGCUUACAUGGCGUGGGAAGACGGAGCGCACGGGGACUUGUACAAGUGGCGCCGCCUUGCGAUGAAGGUGUUGGCGAUAGACAUUGCCAAGGUCGUCGGCACCUACCUCGUGAUUGACUUCUCCCUGGGCGCGUUGCUGUUCUUGUGUCUCUGUGCCAAGGCGGCCUUCUUUCUGGACAGGGCGAUUUACUUGUCGGAUGAGGGUGCAUCGGAGCACAACGACGACAGUCAGGAAGGUGCUGCUCUCGCUAAGGACGUGGAAACAGAUGCCGAAGGUACUGACGACGGUAAUCAGAACGGUGCUGUUGUCGCUGGGGACGUCGCCGGAGAUGGCAAAAUUUCUGACGGCGACGAUCAGGAGGGUGCUGGUCUCGCCGGGGACGCUGCCGGAGAAGCCCAAGGUACUGACGACGUUCCUGCAGAGAAUUCAAGUGGCAUUGUUGCAUCCGACGAUGAAGAGGAGGAAGGCUCGACCACGGAGGAGCACUCCGAUCUGUCAGAUUCACAGGAGGAACGCUCAACCACGGAGGUGCAGUACCCCGAUCUGCCAGUUUCAGAAGAGGAAGGCUCGACCACGGAGGAGCACUCCGAUGUAUCAGAUUCAGAGGAGCAGCGUCGCGAAGAAUCAGACGGCAGCAGUAGCAGCAGCAUGGACGGCUGGAGUUUCGUAGGCGUCGAGCCGAUUAUGCCGACCGAUGUUAACGCUGGCGUCAAUCGUAAGUUCAGGUUUUUUCUGUAGGAUGAGCCUAGGAUGUGAUCUAGUGAUUCAGUCAACAUCUGCAGAG